AUGGACCCAACCAAGAAAAACGUAGAACUAACAAAUGUUGACUGGAGUGAUGAAAUCUUGAUGACUUGGAUUGAAGAAGAUACUCCGCAAUUGGAAAUAAGUGAAACGCUACCAACAGGAAACGACUGGGAAGACGAACUCUUAGCUAAUCUAAUGGGUAAUGAAGUUAAAAGUGAUAUACAAAUUAGUGCGAACGCAAGUGAAAGUAUGCAGAUAUCACGGAAUAUAAGUAUGGAAGAAGACGUAACAAGAUACAGCAAAAGUGACAGUGAUUGUGAAUUUAUGCAAAAGAAAAGAUACAGCAAUAGUGAAAGCGAUUGUGAAUUUAUACAAGAGAAAAGUUCUAUAUCACCAUCAGAAACGGAAGAAGAAGAAACAUCAUCGAGUAAAGUGGGUUACUACUACAGUAAAAUAGAAAGUGACUUAGACCCAUCGUCGUCAGACAGUGAAAUGGCCGCCAACUGUAAGACAGUAAGCGUAAUCAACAACGAAGAAGAACAGGAAACGUGGUCCUUACCAGUUCCCUUAAUUACACAAACGGCCUACUGUAAAAACUGUAUGAUGAAAACAUUUCCAGCUAUGGACACGGAGAUAACGCGAAGAAGAAUCGUCGCCAUAACGAUGUUGAUGAAAGGAGAAUUCAACUACAAUUUGCUGGAAGUAUCAAGAGAAAUGAUCAGAAAUCACCUACUAGAAGCAAGAGAAAUUGGGAAAAACAUAAAACAGAUUCUGGACACUGUUUUCCCCAAUGGAACAACAUUAUUACACGGGAGUGUGAUAAAAGAAAGAUACGAUGUGACGGAUAUGUUCCUUCAAUACGGAGCUGAUAGCAAUAUUUACGAAGAGGGGAUGACAAUAGCACACCGAGCAGCAGCAGAUAAUAAUGUCCAUUUACUCCGUAUUCUAUCCCAUCACGGUAAUACAUUCAACAUCCAAAACAGCAUGGGAGAGCCACCAUUACUAGUGGCUAUAGCUCUCAAUAAUAUGGAAUGUAUUAAAUAUUUGUGGAUGGAUCGCAUUAUUGUACACCAAACGCUGGAUGAAGAAACAGUGCUCCAUUAUGCUGCUAAAUAUAACAACAAAUUCGUCGCGGAAGUAUGUCCAGCGGAAUUCAUCAAUAGAAGAUCACGCACAUCAAAGGAAACUGCAUUACAAAUAGCUGUAAGGCACAGGCAUACAGAUAUUAUAGAAAUAUUGUUACGUCGAGGAGCUCGAGAUGAUAACCUCAAUGCAGACGGGAAGUAUGCACAGGACUAU